GCCUUCAGCCCUGACAAAUUUAAAUGGAAAUGGUGGUACUCUGAACACCUUGUUGUUUUACAAGUGCAGCUAAGGCCAAUUUUUGAAGCCUAGUGAAAUCGGUUUUAAUACGCGUUUACUUUUUUUCCAACAUUUUAUUUUUAUCUUGCAUUGGUAAAUUACUUUGGUUGGAUCUAUUGUGCGCACUGCCUUUUUAAUAAGGCGGGUUAGUUAUAUAUGUUGUUGCUGAUUGGAUAAUAUCUCUGACACACCCACCAAACGAGAGAAAACACCAAAAACCAUUACACAUGAGGACAAAUGUCGCUCAACCCGGAAACCAUAGCGAAACGGUGCACACCGUUUUGAGAUUGAACGUGGCCCAGGUUUGUCACUAAACCACGUACUUGGAAUCCCCCCCUGGUCCCCAUGAAGGGGGGAUAAGUCCCCCCUCCCACUUGCAAACACCGAACACGGAAGUUGUCGUACGUUUGCUGCUCUCGCUCCGCCUCAAUACUGUUAGGUCUCACAUCCUGGUACUUUUCACCGUUGUCAAGGCAGCAAUAGAAAGAAAGGCAGGCUGGCUCGUGCCAAGUAGCUGCAGUGUCCUGACAGUGCCCAUGUCCAAGCGCUCGAAAAGUGUCCCGGAAAGUUAGGUGAAGCUACCAGGCCCUCAGGAUGCUUCUGCACAAACCUCUGAUACAGGCACACGUGUUUGUUUAUUGACAUGUCAUUUGAUUACAGUCAGAGGAGAGACUACCAAGGUGAUCCGAUAUGUGACUGCACGGUGACACUGCUGCUAACCUUCCAGAUGAGGAAUUAAUUUAACACAUUAGAGUGUGUGAUGUGAGGAGAGAAAGCACAGAUUCUUUGCUGAAGACUGAUUGAGAGUUGACCCAAUGGCCACCGCGAAAGGGCCUCGCACACAGCGCUAUCACCCAGCCUCUGAAUUUGACAAUACCACGCUUGCUAAAAAGAGGGAAUACUGGAGAACUAAGAAAAGGGAACAAAGGGCAAAGGUGGCCGCUGUUAGGAAGAAGCUUGGUGUGGAGAAUGCAAGGGUCUAUGAUGCGAGGCGUAAUGUUUUGAGUGCCCAUAUGCAAAACGCUGCAUCCGGUCCCACGUUGCUGAAUAGCGAUAGGUCACACCAGACAAAUGUAUGUGAUUCAUCUGAAUUAGGUCUUUUGACCUCCAGCUGUGGCGAGCAAGUGGAGAAGACUGGUGUGAAUGAAGUUCUUGUGGCAGGAGCUUGUGUUCCAGGUUCCUCGCGGAAACUUAAAAAUGUUUCUCCUGGUCAAAGAGUUUGGUGGUUUCAGAAGAUUAAACUCAACAGAGUCUUACCAAAGUUUCCAGAGGGAUCAGGACCUCCACAAGGUGGAGCAAUGGGUUGUAGAAAAGUGGUAAGGACGUCCACAGCAGGGCCUUUAGUUGCAUCCAAUACCUUAGCCAAAUCCAAUGGAUCUCUGCUAAACACCAAUGUCCCAGUGCCUGCGGUUCGAGUCACAGUACAUCCUGCUACUACUGUGAACCACAGAAUUCCAAGCAGAAUAGCAGCUACUAAUGGAACAUCUUCAGUUCAGGUGUAUAAUCAGAGCCUUCCACCAAACGGUGUUCCAGGGCUUAAUGACCACAAGAGGCCUCAAGUCAAAGUCCAAAUCCCGCGCAAAGCCUUGCCUCUUAGUGUGACAAACAAAGUAGGGGUUGAUGUGAAACAGUGCCCUUCAGAUGUCAGUUGUGCCAACAUGAAGACCGAACAGUGUGCCUUGGCCACAACACUCACCAGACCUCUUGAGAGACAGACACCUGAGACAGAGGAGGAGAGGGCAGUAAGGCGGCGCGAGAUCUGGCGCGUCAAGAAAAGGGAGCAAAGAGCAAAGCGGGCAGCAAAGAUAGUCAAGGAGAGAGAGAGAAUCCAGAGAAUGGGUGUGCCUGCACAAGAGAGAGCGCAGGCUGUCGGGGUGGCCUUUAACAGCUCAAGACUGUCAAGGCAGGGUCAAAGGCAAGCCGUAAAUCGAGCCAGGAUUCCAUGUGUUCUUGCUUCGCAAACGCAAAGAAGCAACCAUGCAUUAGCAUUGUCUGGCCCCAUCCCAAAAAGCAUAAAUACUGCAAUUGCAAUUAAAUCUGAGGGCUCUUCUCUGACUAAUCAUAUUGUGAUAGAUCCUGAGCCACCAUCUGUGGUUGUGAAAACAGGAGACCCAAAACAGAACAAGGCAUUUUAUGCACCCUCUACAACAACAGCAACUUGUGUUGUGAGUAAUAACAUGAAAUUGGAACAUGGUAUUACUUAUGCACCUAAAGGAGUCACAGCCCAGUUUUCAAACACAGCCAAAUACAAAUACAAUUCCCGAAUACAAAUAAAUACAUUUAUAAGAACCCAAAAGUUUCUGUAUAGAAAUACAAGGCUGUCUCUCUCACCCUUCUACGAAAAUCCGGAAGAGACCGUGGAGGAAAGGAUGGCCCGGAAGAGAGAAUACUGGCGCAUCAAAAAACGAGAGCAGCGGGCUAAACUGUCCUCAGAUGUGAAGACCAAGCUGAGGGAGCGGGAUAGCUUGGUGCGCCGCGUGAAACGCUACCAGGGCAUCCUGGAGGAAAUGCGUUGGGCGCGUGCAGAAAGUCAAAAGGCACAGCAGCCUAGGAUAAAUACUAUAACCAGUACCUCAGAGGCCAUUGGCGGAUUCAUCAAGGAGGAUGGGACCGUCACCAUUGGUAUUCCUACUCCAUCUUUUGCAAAAGGCACAGAAUCUGGCGUUGAAAUGGUUCCCCCCACCAAACCACUGUUUCCGUUUCCACAUUUUAACGUUUCCACCAGUAGGGACUGUGCCAGUUUCAGUGGCCAUGUAAACCCUCCACCGUUACAAAAACGAGCAGUUCAACUGAAAAAUAAUUAUCCUGUCAGAGUGUCUGUCCAAACACCUCCAAAAUUAGUUUGUAUUAGACCCAGGCUUGUGUCAAAUAACCAUCAUAAUAAAUUCACAAACUCAAGUCCUAGUACUUCUCAGAUUAAUGUCUCUGCUCCUGACCAUGCCCAAAAUAUGAUUAAUGAUACUACAAAUUUUAGGAGGAUUGGCAAUGUAGCCAGGGCAGUUGGCACAGCCUCUGUGGCUGCUGCACUCUAUCCAAAUGAAAAAAUAACUGAAGAAGAAAGGAUUGCUCGAAAGCGCGAGUACUGGAGAAUAAAAAAGCGGGAGCAGAGAGCCGAGCGUGCUGCCCGACUUCGACAAGGACUGUUACGAGGAAGGGCUAUAGCAGCUAAGAGGAGACGACUGAACCAGAUUCCAUUAUCUUCACCCUGUGUUGUCCGCCAAACCACCAAUAUGAACCCUUCUGUCCCAGUCAACACCUCAACCAGUCUCCCCACCCCCCCCAGCAUAGAUGCUCUCCCAGCGGAAAGAGUAAAGCAAGAACAGGAAUUGUCUGUCAAGGAAGAGGUGAAUCCUCCUCUAGAACAGCCCCUCAGCAAUGACAUCAAACCCUCUCUCACGCCACCUUCAGAGCCUCCGAGUGAAGCAGACCCAUCAGGCAGUACAGACACCCAGGCCACCACGCUCCUGGCUGUGGCCUCCAUGAAGAAACUCCUGGAAGAAUCACUCAGUACUGUUGUGAGCUCUGACGCACCAGACACAAACAUUAAGAUGGAAGAGCCUCAAUGUAAGACUGAAGUGGAGCCACUUCCUGUUGAGGAGUCCACCACCCCUGCCAUCAAACCAGACCCUGUGUUAGAUCCAGUGGAAGAGUCUGUAGAGGCUGACAUCCCAGGUCCCGUCUAUUUUUCUGCUGAAGAUGCACAUCUACAGACGAGUGAACACUCAGGAGGCCAUACACUCCCUCCGUCACCUCCUCUUCUAGUCAGUCCACAUUCCAGUCAAGACAUUCCACCAUCCUCUUAUGCUUCCUCCUGUCCUGAAGUUAUGGCUUCCUCUGCCUCCACUACGCCUGCCUCCUUAUGCUCGUCUCAGUAUCUUCCCUGCACCCAAACCUCACCACCCCUCGCCUCACCACAAACAGUCCAGAUGGAUUGCUCCCCAAGGGCCAGACUAAAGCCAUCUUGCUCUUUGAAGACCUCAAAUCAACAACCGCCUGACCAUCAGCAACAGCAUGGAUCAGAGGUGCCUAAUGAAACCUCUGUCCUGGAGAGGAAGAGGGAAUACUGGAAGUUCAUGAAGAGACAGCAGAGGGCCAGGAAAGCACAAGAGAAGCAGGGCUUCCGACCGGGGAAAACGGCCACAAGAACAUUUCAGGCUCCAAAUUUUGUGACCGGUGCUCAGAGGCCAAUUCCGAGCAGCUACCCGAAGGCCAGCCUACCUCUCAACAAGUCUCUCUCCUCAGCUUGCACCUUGCAAAGAAAGACACACCUUACUGCAGUCCACCCAUUGCCCACUGUCCAUGUCGUGAGCCCACCUGUUUCUGAGGCGAACCAGCAACAGAGUUUCCAUCAGUAUGGUUCGUGUUCAGGUGGAUCCCCCAUUGCACAGAAAUCAGCUCAACCUGUGUGCCCUCCCAGGGCAGACCUCCAGGGCCUUCGCACCCACGUUCCUGUGCUUUCACCUACGGGUGGAAGCAGACGUGUACCUCCGCUUGUGCAACAAGGAGCAGUCCCUACUGGUGGAAGCAGACAUGUACCUCCGCUUGUACAACAAGGAGCAGUCCCUACUGGUGGAAGCAGACAUGUACCUCCGCUUGUGCAACAAGGAGCAGUCCCUACUGGUGGAAGCAGACUUGUACCUCCUCUUGUGCAACAAGGAGCAGUCCCUACGGGUGGAAGCAGACAUGUACCUCCUCUUGUGCAACAAGGAACAGUCCCUACGGGUGGAAGCAGACGUGUACCUCCGCUUGUGCAACAAGGAACAGUCCCUACUGGUGGAAGCAGACGUGUACCUCCGCUUGUGCAACAAGGAACAGUCCCUAUGGGUGGAAGCAGACGUGUACCUCCGCUUGUGCAACAAGGGGCAGUCCCUGUGCUCUCUGGUGAGAAGACUGGGCCAUUGCUCCUGGUGGAGAAUCGGAGGAAUUCUGCCCCUGGCCACAUGCAGGGAGUGAGGCGCUGGAACCUACAGGUGCAAACAGGCACCUUAAUGCCCCCUGCUGCCACUCUCACACCCACCCCAAACUACCGUCCGUCUCAGCCCAUCGGCAGGGUAGCGCCACCAUUUAACAACAACUAUAAGAGUCCUGCCAAGCACCCACACACCCUCAGUCCCCAUAAGCACACACAAGCAAGUGCUGUGGACGACGAUGACGAUGUUAUGCGGAGGAAGAGGGAGUACUGGCGGGUGAAGAAGAAGGAGCAAAGGGCCAAGAAGGCAGCACGAGAGAGAGGGCUCGGACACCUGGACAUGCCACCUCCAUGGGAGCCCGUCCUCCCCACCCUGAACCAACUGCCUCACAAUUUUCAAUCUCAGGACUCCACACAGUGGUUCAACGCUUCGGAAGAGACUGACUUAACUUUGAGCUCACCAGUGGAUGCAGAUCUGGGGUACUUGGGUGUACAUAGCCAUGCUGAACCCAUGAAAGAAGCCGAGAUGGUCUUCCAGAACGACGCUGAAGAUGACAUCUGUCCCAGCGGCCCCUCUUUUGCGAGCGCGUGGCGGAACCGCUACCUCAUGGACUACGACCCGCUGAACCAGCUGCUGGUGUGCAUGGUGUGCGGGGAGCAGCAGUACUCCCACAGCCUGGCAGGGGCCAGGGCCCACAUCGAGGAGGCCCACCCCGAGACGCUCUCCCUGGGGCAGCAGGAGCGGUGGAAGCUCCAGGAGGCCUGGGACGAGCAGGUGGCCCAGCGGGAGCAGUUCUUCACCAGCCAGCUGCAGCAGCACACCACGGCACACACAGAAUCCAUAGCAGAAGUGGAGGUGACUGUGGAUAUGGAUGACCCCUCACAAUCAAUAUACAGCAAGUCGACCAAGACUAAAAACCUGCGAAAAUUCUGAGUGGCUUUGCAAAAUGGCAGCUACUUGUUUUCCAGUCAUGCAUUUGCAGUGCUUAAAGAUGAGUGGUGAGACUGAUGUGCAUGACGUAAUUUUGUACUAUAUUUCAACUGCUUGGCUUAAAAGUGUGUGUGAAAAAAGAUUUGGAAAAUGAGGCAUUGAAAAAAAUGAAAUUUGUGUUGAAUUAAGUUCUUUUUCUUCUUCUUCUUCUUCUCUUCUUCCCCCGUGGGCAGCUUGUGCAUGUCACUUAAACAGCUGAAAAAGUUGAGUUUGAUCAAAGCGGACUAGAACCAAGUGUUUACAUCAUGUGUUUCUAAUACAACUCAAGUUGUGUAGCAGCACACUUUUUUUUACACACAUGCACACACACACAAACUUGAAUGUAUGGUCAUAUUUUCUGUUUUUGUAUGGAUGCAGUGUUUAUAUUUCAUUUACAAACAAAA